UGUGAUCAGGUCACACUGGUAAAUGUCGCGAUUCGGGAAGGCUGCGCGCGCGGAUAACGGAUACUUUGCAGUUAGUUUACAAAUUUGUGCGGAAGAAUAAGACAAUCUCUCCGGAGUCCUGAAUAUCGCACAGGAUUCAAAGAAAUCCCCAAAAAUUAAAGUAAAUUUCGGGAAUAAAAGAAUUCGAAACUACAAUCAUUCAUUGAUUAGUUAAUUAAAUGAUAAAUAAGAGUGCUGGUGAUCGAAGGUUUCUUUUCAUUGGCAGAAAACUAACUAAUAAAUUAAACUAAUCUUACUAAACUACCCGGUUUUAUAAGUACAAUAUAUAUCUUUUCCUUUUUAUCAGCGCGCGCAUAUUUCAAUAUUUAAACGUGCGCGACAAUCUUAUAGUUUCAUUAAAAUAUCAUUAUACUUAGUAUGAUAAUAAAUUGUUUUUUUUUUUUUCGUGUUGUUGUUUUUGUUGAGAGUGCAAGAGAAAGAUCGAGCAGUGCAUGUGUGUGUGUGUUUGUGAGGAAGUUAUAGUUUAAUGUUGGUUAGCUUCAAUUGUCGAGCAAAACACACGAAAAAAGAAAGAAAAAUAAAUAAAUAAUACAGCAGCGGCAGCAGCAGCAGCAGCAGUGGCAGCAACAACAACAACAACAAAGUGAUGCUGAUUGAUGUCACACAUACAACGGUAAAAUAAAUUAUCACCUUGACGGGGUUUAUCAAAUUCGAUGAUGCUAUCUUGGAAAAUAGCUUAGAGGAAACUGGAACUGGUGAACAUUUUCCCCAAUAAAGCAGCAGCAGCAGAUUUUGCCAGUGCUCCCAACCCAACCAAAAAAACAAGAACAAAAGCGGAAGCGGAAACGAAAGUAACGCCCAAGGCAAGGGAAGAGGUGGAAACGAAAAGAGGAGGAGCAAGGAGAAAAGAGAAAAGAGCAGGACAACAAACGGCUGAAUAAUGCAAAUUAAAACACAAUAAAAUGUAAAACACAAAUGACAACAGCGGGAAAAGGCAAACGGCGAAAGGCGAAAGGCGAACGGCGAAUGGUGAACGGUGAACGGCGUACGGAAAAUAGGAAAAGCGAAAGCGAAAACGAAUCGGUUGACAUGCCAAAAAAAUAAAAUGCGAGUGGCGGCAACUUUUCCAUUGAAUUGAUUUGAUUUUCCAGGCGAAGAGUAUAGGGGGCAUACGCCGGCAUACGGAGCGUAUGCGCGAUACGUAUACGCGAUAUUUUGCUCAACGCCAGGGGAGCGCGGCGGGAAAUUUGCAUAACUUUGCUGGCGUGGCAUAAACAUCAAAAAAGCAAAUUGCAAGUAACAAAACGGAAACAACGGUCAUAAAAACGGCGCCAGCCUCGUAAAAAAAAAAUAAGAAAGAAAGUAAGAAAGAAGAAGAAGAAUUCUCCUCCCCCCACCCAAAUCUCCACUCCUUCAAAGUGAAAAUUAAUUUAUGCAGCAAAUCAAAUACGAAUAGGGAAGAAAUAUAAAAGUAAUCGCAGGCCGUAACAAUUAAGACAGCAAGGGGGGAAAAGUCCUGGAAAAGCCCCCGGGGAAAACCAACUGCAGCAGCGGCAGCCAAAAAGAAAAACACACACAGAAAAAAGACAAAAAGGAGAGUAGAAAACAGAGUUGGAAAACCGGUUAGCAAGGGUUGCUUAUAAAUGUACCAGGACAGCGGCUGCAGCAGCAGUAGCAGUCGACGCGGCAGCAGCAGUGCAGCAGCAACAACAUCUACAGCAGCAACUGCAGCAGCAACAACAACAACAACAACAACUAGCAGCAGCGACGAGGAAACCCUCGAAACUCUGACGAUAAUAACAACAACAAUAACCGAAAGCGAUAUCCAUGCGACGACCACAACCACGACGGUUAUAGCCAGCGGUACGGCGACAACAGCGGCAACAGCAACACUUGCCACACUUGCAACACUUGCCACCGCCAACACCACCACCACCACCACCGCCAUCAAUAGCGACAUCGAGGACAGCAGUCCCGUGGAGAGCGAGGAUAGCGAGGAGUGCGAGUAUAUCGAGAUCGAUUGCCAGACGACCGCCCAGGAAGGCACAUCGCCAAGUGGCGGCAGCACCAGCAGCAGCGGCGGCGUCGGCAAUGCAGCCUUGCUGCAGCGCAGCAGCAAUCAACAUCAGCAGCAGCAGCAGCAGCAGCAACAGUUGCAACUGCAGCUGCAGCAGGCGGACGUCCGAUUGUUGCGUAAAAUCGGCUAUAUUGCAUCGCGUGUACGCUGCCUGUCAAAGUUCUACGGAGAUUUCCGACUGGUGAAUCCGUACAGUGCCCGCCGACAGAGACGCCAACUGCAGGAGAUCCUGCUGCGUCACUCGAUCUUCGAUCCUGGCAAGGAACACCAGCGGGCUAUUGUUUUGGCCGCGGCAACAGCGGCAAUUGCCGGUCCUCUGGCGGCCAUCGAUUGUGCCUGCGGCAGCAGCAGCAUAAGCUUAGAGGCGGUCAGCAGUAGGAGUCGCAGCAGUGAGCUGGAGGAGGAUCAUCAGGAGCACGAACCGGAUCAGGAAGAGCUCGAGCAGGAGGAGGAGGAGGAGCAGGAGCAGGAAGAGAUAUUGACGAAUCAGCAGGAUAUUGAAGAGGAGCCACCACCGCCGGCGAUUGCUGUAACCACCACCACCACGGCCACUGUACGCCGGAAAUCCUCGAGCAGUUCCACCAUUAGCGGCACGGCCACCGUUUCCGGUUCCGUUUCGGUCUCGGCCUCUGCCUCGCAAUCCUUUUGCUCCAACAAUAUCAAUCUGCUCGAGGAGCUGCUCAUCCAGUUUUACGAGGAACAGGAUCAUCGCAGCAAUUUGACCGUAAUCAGGCAUCGUCAUCAUCAUCAGGAACAGGAGCAGCAGCAGAGGAUCACCAAUAACAACAAUAACAAUAACAAUUGCAAUAGCAUACAGAACAACAACAACAACAUGUCGAAUCCUGCAGCAACUGCAACAGCAACAGCAGCAGCAGCAGCAACAGUAGCUGCAACAACAACCACAACGCCAUCCGUUGGCAUUGAACAGCCGGCGACAUCGAGCGAUAACAUAACCACCACAACAACCAGCACCCACUUGCAACCCACCACAAUGCUGCCCGAUGGCAGCGAUAAUCCGCGACGUCGUCGUGCCAGCGAUUGCUCAGCGGUCCAGGCCGCCAUCCAGAAUCAGCUGCACUGCAUCACGCUGAAGAACAACAAUUGUGGGAAAGCUUUGCCCUUUCAUCGCGGCAGUUGCGGUGCCGCCGGUGAGCAUUUAUUGGCAGCCAAUUCGAUUGCCAAUCGUGCCACCAUUAUCCUAAGUAAAUCCUGCAGCAAUGUGGAUGGUGAUGUGGCAACGACAGCCCUAAGUUCAGCUGCCAUUGGCGGUGGCAUUAAAAUGCGGGCCAGUGCCACAGAUAUUGAAUCGAAUGCAUUGAAUGGGGCACGGGAUGCCAUCGUUGCAGCAUCGAAUAAUGGCAACGGGAAUGGGAAUAAUGGGAACAACGGCAACAACGAGUACAGCAUCCUGCAGCUGAACAACACGAUCAUCCAGUGCCACUUCAACGACGAUGACUUUCGCGCUUUGGUCAAGGACCUUAAGCGUAAAGUGGAGUACACGGAGCGCAUGAAUUGGCUAUGUCUCUCAAAACGACCACUGGGCCCGCCGCAUCGUAAAAGCAGUCUACCAAAGCAUCAGGAGGUGAAGCGACGCUUCCUGGAAAUUUGUGAUACGACCUUCUCGGAGGAGGUGAGGGCCGCCCUGCGCCUGCCGGCCUUCGAUUCAUACGAGUGGGGCGAUGCCGAUGUCAUCCAUCUCAUGCAAACGAUGUUUGUUGAGCUGGGAUUCAUCGAGAAGUUCAGCAUUCCGGUGGACACUUUGCGCGAAUGGCUCUACGAGGUCUACAAGCACUACAACGAGGUGCCCUUCCACAAUUUUCGUCACUGCUUCUGCGUUGCCCAAAUGAUGUAUGCCAUAACCCGCCAGGCAAAUCUAUUGAGCCGCCUCGGCGACCUGGAGUGUCUGAUCCUGCUGGUGUCCUGCAUUUGCCACGACCUCGACCAUCCUGGCUACAACAAUAUCUACCAGAUCAAUGCCCGCACCGAGCUGGCUCUCAGAUACAAUGACAUCUCACCGCUGGAGAACCAUCAUUGUUCGAUAGCUUUCCGCCUGCUGGAGCAUCCCGAAUGCAAUAUAUUCAAGAACUUUAGCCGCGACACCUUCAACAACAUUCGCGAGGGCAUUAUUCGCUGCAUUUUGGCCACUGACAUGGCCCGUCACAAUGAGAUCCUCACCCAGUUCAUGGAGAUAACGCCCGUUUUCGACUAUAGCAACCGUGCUCACAUCAAUCUGCUCUGCAUGAUCCUGAUCAAGGUGGCAGACAUCUCGAACGAGGCACGACCCAUGGACGUGGCUGAACCCUGGCUGGAUCGCCUGCUUCAGGAAUUCUUUGCCCAGAGUGCUGCUGAAAAGUCCGAGGGUUUGCCGGUGACGCCUUUCAUGGAUCCGGACAAGGUUAGCAAGCCGGGCUCCCAAGUCCGUUUCAUUGGACUCGUUCUCCUGCCACUUUUCGAGGCAUUGGGCGAACUGGUGCCAGAGCUCACCGACCUCAUCAUCAUACCCGUUCGCAUUGCUUUGGAGUAUUACAGGCGCCUCAACGAUGCCCAGACAAAGACUCGCAAAUCGGUGGCCGACAGCAAUACAUCGGCCACGUCGGACAGCAACAGCGGUACCAUCGACUCCAAUGCGGCUAUGGUCAGCACACCGGGAGCGGCCAGCGAUAAAUUGAACUUGGACAAGGCCCAGGGCAAUUCACAGGGCUCUGGCGGUGGCAGUGGCGGUGGCGGUGGAACAGGAGGCACUGGCUGUUCCGGUUCCGGCGGUGGUGGUAAUAAUACAGCCGGAAGCGUUUCACCACAAAUGCCACGCUCCGGGUCCGGGAUCAGUGUUAAGUCACGGCGCAGCAUUCCAUCGCAAAAGUCCGCCUCGAGGACAUCCGUAGAUGAGCCCGGCGGUAUGGCAGCGGAGCUCCAUGAUUUACCAGAGGGCAGUGAGAGCGGUGAUUCGGAAACGGCCACCGAAGUGGAUGUGGCCGAGAAGACAUCCAAGUUCAAAGUGGACACCGAGGGCAGCAGCAAUCGUAGCAAGUCUUCGCACUCCACAUCGAGGAAAUCCUCACGCGAGAAGCGUCCCUCGAUGAUCGGUGAACUGUGCAGCAGUGGCGGUGGCCAACGUAUCCGUAACUCCUAUGGCAACAUCCAUGGCUAUCACAAUCGCUGUCACUUUGGCAACAAUCGAGCGGUCAGCUUGGAUCAGUAUAGCAGUGCCGGGAAUAAUCGCCGCCUGUCGGAUGGAUUGCCACAAGUGAUCUCGGACAGCAAUGUUUUCUAUGGACGUCACAAUCGCAGUAGCAUGGAAACCACCGGCGGUGGUGGUCCAGCAGUGGUUGGAAUUCCCCAAGACACCAAUGCCAAUACAAACCAUCCAGUUGGAUGUCAACUGAAAGAGCUAUUGGCCCGCACCGAGGCGGAUUCAGAGGGUGAGGCCGAUGGCAAUGGCAAGGAGGAGAAGAAAAUCCCACUGACCAUUCCAUCGAUGCCAUUGGCUACUUCAUCGAAUGGCAAUAUAUCGCCGCCCCUGGUGGUUACCGAACAAAUCCUGCCCAGUAAUGGCAGUACACGUAGCAGUGCCAGUAGCGGUGGCCGCGCUGGUUCCGGAAUACCUGGAGGAUCGGGCUCUGGAGGAGCCGCAGGACCCUCGGCCGGUGGCAGUUCCUGGAAAUCGAGACUGCGCCAGUUCUCAGAUUACUUUAGCUUCAGCUUCGAUAAGGGCAACAAGCGUUUCGGCAGCACACGUAGUAGUCCCUGUCCCGGUUCCAAUUCCAGUUCAGGACGGGCUAACAACAAUGCCAAUGGCUUGGGUGAAAAUCAGGACGGUGCCGGAGGUGCAGGAGGUGCCAUUAAGCCGGGCAUGUGCUGCACCAUCACCAACAGUUCGGGAUCUCCCGCAAAGGGUGAAUCUGGAGGAGGAGGUGGAAGCGGCGGUGGUACUGUGACCACCUUGACCACCGGAAAUGACGCCCAUCAGCGCCAUCGCGCCUACAGCCUGGAUGUUCCUGGCAUGAUGCGUUAUUCCUCCAACGACAGCAGUCGCCAUCCCAGCAACAAUACGCUCCAGAGUGCGGGUGGCAUUGGGACCGCAGGAUUAGUCGGCGGAUUAGAGGUUACCGCCCAGCGAGUACCGCCCAGUUUGAGCGUGGAAAUAGGUCUGGCCAGCGGAUCCUCGUCAGAGGCGGGCCCAAAGAUUUGACAACAGGGGAGCACCAGGGAGGAUUCUGCAGUAGGACGAGCAGGAGGAAGAGGAGCAGCAGCCAUUGGCAAGGGUUAUGGCCGCGAUGAAGACGUCGACGGGGAAGAUGAGCAGGACGAGGAUGACGAUGAUGAGGGCGAUGAGGAGCACCGCCAGCUGCAACAGCAUCAUCAUCAUCAUCAUCAGCAGCAGCAGCAGCAACAAGACGCCUCGUCCAGCUGCGAGGUAUCCUCCAUGUCGAUGACCGUGUGGUCGGCAAUUGGCCAACGUUUGAACGCCCUCGUCUGCCAUUGCUGCGAACGCAAAUUACCAGAACCGGAAAAUGUCUAAGCGGUAGGGGAAAGGGCAGAAAAUGCUAUCCUCUCCACACUCCUCCUCUCACCCUUUUCCUCACCUCUACUGUAAGCAGCAGCUCGGGGUUGGCUUUCGUUAAUUUUUUCGUUUUUCGCGCGCUAGUUUAAGUUUAAGCUUAGUCCGUAACUAUUUAGUUUAAGUUUCCACAGAUUU